AUGAGAAGUGACGACAAACUUGCCCCCCCACCUGCCUUUGUGCCCAAGUUGAGCAUCAACAGGAGCGAGGAGUCGCUACAUGAUCACACAAACUCAAUCGUUUCAGGCAAUGCGCGACAGGGGCCAAUUGCCGCCAAGACCACAACCAAUGCGGGAGGGUCACGCGGCUGGAAUGCGUUCAUCAACACCACCGCCUCGGACAGUAACCAUAACAACAACAACAGCAGGUACACAAACAACAUUGAUACUAUAAGUGGGUAUGAUCAGAGUUCUCCCAUGCCACACAACGGUAGCACGUUUUUCUCUGCUGGAUCAUCGAGGGCGAAAAGGUUUGAUGCUGGCCUUGACUCGUCGCGGUCAGAUGAUGCGUCGCACGGGAAUAUAAUUAGGGGUUACGCCAGUACCAGAAGCAACAAUGACAGUGGGGGGACGAACAAGCGCAACAAGUUUAGUGGCAGUGGCGGUGGCGGUUCCACUUUUGCUACCCAAGUUCAUACGCGUGGUGCGGUUCCACAAGACGGAUGGAGGGUGACCCGCAAUUGGUUGCAUGAUGAUGAUCAAAGCUUUUUUGCCUCUGGGAGAGCAGGGAGAGCCGUGCCCCGCGAUGCGGGACGAGUUCCGCUCAGAACAUCGUCCUUUUCAUCGUUGGAUGACUCCUCCUCCUCAUUCACCUCAGAAGCUUCCGCAUCGUCAUUUGAGGAAUCGGUCCUCUUUGACUUUGACGCAGAGCCUGUCGUGCCACCAGGGAUCUUGUGUGAAUCCGAACCAUCUGCCUUUGCGUGGAUACGGCAUCCGCGUCAUACCAUUGUCCUGAGCCUACUUGGAAGUCGCGGUCUCUUUCUGCCACGAUACGCCAAUAUUGUUGAGUACCACAUGUCAGAGGUGUUUCUCCACUACAUUGACCUCUGUUGUCAGGGGGCGUACUUCGUCCGCUACGAGGCCAAGUCUUCGCCAAGAGAACGUUUCUUCAGUAUCCGCAUGUUGCCUCGUGACAUUACAGCACCAUCCUCACGGAAGAUUCCGUAUUUGGUCUGGACCAUGCAUCGCACGGGAGUUCAACUGGUAGGUUGUGUUCCCUUAGAACAACUUGUGGGGAUUACAAUAAAUACACGUUCGGCAUCGUUUCACCCGCAACUGCUCUCCUUGAGCUCAAUUAUAGGACCACGGGUUGACAAACACCGUGUGAAGCUUCCGACCAAAGGCGCCUUUUCCCUUUGGUUCACUGACCGCCUCCAAGGCACUGCAACAAGUGUUGAUAUUCUCACAUGCAACACAACGGUAUUUGACAUAUGGACAAGGACGUUUAAAGGUCUAGUGAGCGUGAAUAGUUCUUCUGUCGUGCAAGUGCCCCUCACAGAUACGGGUGGCUCCGCUGGAUUGGAGAAGAUGACAAAAGAGCUUCAACCGCAGGUGAAGAAUGGCCCUUAG